AUGAUAUAUAAAUUUUUUAUUUUUUUUAUUUAUUUAUUAAAUAAUAUAAAUUAUAGCAGGGGCGACAGUAGUGAUGGUUUUCGAAGUAUUAUAGAAAUACAGCAAGGCGGAUUUUAUAAUGUAACUAAAGUCAAUGUUUUUUCGGAAUAUUCAAAUGUUAAGCCAACAAUAGACCUCCCUUUGCACUAUAGUUACUAUUCAAAUAUUUGUGAUGGCAGUGAUGUUAAACAUAGUAUUACAAGCGGUCAAAUAACGUCAUCUGCUUUCGGUUUAGGUGGUUAUUCUUUGGGUGAAAUUUUAUAUAUUGAAGAGGGUCAUAGUCUUUUCACUGAUCAACUCGAUGCAUUAGGUAAUCUUGUGGAUAUUAUAUGUAUAAAGGGAUCUUUUAAAAUCAUGAGCAAUUUUAUUAAUGUGGGAUAUAUUGUUUUACCUGGUGGCGAAUUAAUAGUAGACGGAGAUUACUCAAUAACAUUUGUCAAAUUACACAAUACAAAUAUUACCGACCCAUAUAAUUAUUUCCCUGGUAUUCUAAAUUUGGGUGGAUCGUUUUUGUAUAAUGGAAACAUGUUAAAAUAUAGAGCUACCAUAAUUGGUACUAAAAAGUUACAGUUCGAUCAAGACCUUACUGGUAUUCAAAUAACAACAAAAUUGGGCAUUUUAGGUCCAAAAAAGCCAUAUUCUAUCGCUCAAUUUCCCACUUAUGAUCAAAUUUCUCGUACUAUUUCAUUCUUAAUAGAUAUGUUUUCAGAGGAUCUUAUUGGUGAGUUGGUUAUAGUUUUUAGAACCAAUUCAGUUAUUUCAACCCAAGAGACAGAUGUAUCAGUUUUUAUGGCAGGCCAAUCAAAAGUAUCAAUCAAAAAUGUAUUUUUUAAUUUUCAUGGUAGAACAACAAAUUAUGCAUACGAUGAUACAACACUCGAAAUAUCACCAAAUGACCCAUCAAUAGCAACUGCUGUUAAUAUGGGAGCCAAUCAAAGAUUUAGAGGUGUAUUAAAUUUUCAAUUCUCAGAAAACGUGGUUAUUGAUAAUUGUGUAUUUUCAAUUAUGGAUGAUGGUAGAGCCCCAAUUAUUGCAUUCGCAUCAAGUUUAAAUAUUUCAAACAGUAUUAUAGCAAGUAAAUCAGGAUCAAAUAUUAUUGCUCAGUAUGGUACCGAAUUAAUUUAUUCAGAAAAUAAUUAUUAUUUUUUAGAAUCGGCCGAUUCAUCACCUCUACAGACACCAUCAGAAUCAAAUAUGGACUAUGGAUAUGAAGGAAAUGCAAUUUAUUCAUUAUCACCAAACAUAUCAUCAACCAAUGAUGUUUUCUUCGGUCAUAAUAAUGUAUUUAAUUUCAAUUUUAUAUCAAACAGAUCAACAAUUACCGGAUUAGAUAAAGAUUGUUAUUUACCCUGUACAUCACCAUCAUCAGCAGUAUCAAAUUUAGUUCAAUAUCCAAUCGAAUUUAAAAUCAAUAAUCCAACAAUAAUCCAAAACGAUAAUACAGCUGAUAUCUCCUCUUCAUUAUUAUCAACAAAACAAUAUUUAAUUAAAAUUAAUAACAAUGGUAAUCUUCCAAGUAGAACAUUUUCAAUUAAAGAUCUUCAAAUAUCAACACCGACCUCAAUAUUUGUAAAUCUUCCAGAUAGCACUUUAUUAUUAAACAACAUCAACUCAUUAAACGAUUUUUCAAUUGAUGGAAUAAUUACAAAAUUACAAAUUAUCAAUUCAAAUAUUUAUUCAUCAAAAAAUAACAAUGUAACAAUAUCAUCAACAUCAAUUCAAAAUACAUCAAUCAAAGGUAAAUUAAAAGAAAUUAACCUUCCAAUUAAUCAAAAUUAUGGAUCAAUCUCAACUCCAUAUUUUUAUUCAAGCAUCGAAAUGUUAAAUAAUAUUACAAUUAAAUCAAUUAGCCCAUCUAUACCUCAACAAAUGAACACUAAUACCACAUUAAACAUAAUUGUUGAAUUUGAAACAUUAUUAAAUGUCAAUACACUUCAAUGUGCUUAUGGUACUUCAAUAGGUGGUGAUAUUUCCGAUACUUUUGGGCCAUAUACAUAUCUUACCGAAUCAAAAUGUCAAUUCGAAUUUAAACCAACAGCCGAAGGAGCAUACAAUUUAGUUGUAAUUCUUAAAACAGAAAAUGAUAAUGAUUAUUAUAUAAUAAUACUACCAAUAAUAAAUGUAUUCACUAAAUAUGGGUUUAAAUCUGGUUUGUUCUUUAACGAAGCUGAAUUAAAUUUAGAAAUCGAAGGAAAUACUUUUAUAUCAGGGUGUAUCAAACCAAAUUGUACUAUUAAUGAAAACAAUUUAAAAUAUUCAACACUCCCAAAUACAAUAGGAAACAGUCCAUUCCAAGAUAUUGUUAAAUACGGUGUAACUACAAAUGAUGAAUCAAAACCAUUAGAAAUACAAAUUCCAUUAAAUUCAACAGGCACUGAUUAUCAAAUUCAACUAUAUUUUGUUUAUUAUCAAGCAAUCGAUGAUUAUGGCAGUCCAUUAUCAAUUUAUAUAAAUGACAAACCAAUUAUUAUUUUAGAAACUAUUUACGAAGAAUCAACAUUCAAAAACAUCACAUUUUAUUACGACAAUACUCAAAAAUCAUCAAAUGCAAAUUUAAGAAUCGAAAACAGAGGCGAUAUUUAUCUAACAUCAAUUGUAACCUAUUCAAACCUAGAACCUCCAAUUAUAACUGACCCACCAGUUUCACCAACUCCAUCAAUUACACCACCUAUAAUUCCGGUCAAAGAGGAUACUCUUUUAUUAGUUAAAAGUAUUGUUCCUAGUGUUGGUACCUUUAUAAUUGUAUCAAUUAUUUUAUUUUUGCUUUUCAAAAAGUUCAAGUGGUCUAUUAGAGCAUUUUUUGGUUCUGUUUACUAUAAGUAUCUAGGAGGUGAUGGGACACAGGCGCUAUUUGAUCCAACUGAUUAUGAUAAAUAUCAAGCUCAUUCCGAGGUUUUGGCUUAUUUACAUGGUUCAAAAUUUUGUAUUCCAACUGAGGAUACUUUCCCACUUUUACUUUCAACCUCAAGAUUAGAUUUUGGUUUAAAUGGAAAAUUAUCAUCACCAGACACCAUUCUUCACGAUAGGCUAAUUCUUACCAACAAGAUUUCAUCAAAAUUGAAAUAUUUACUAAUUUUACCACCAUAUAAUAAUGGUAUUGUUUGCAGCUCAUCUAAACUAUAUGGAUCAAUUGAACCAGGUGAAUCAGUUGAAAUCAUUAUUACUUUAACCCUCUUCUGUACCGCUUUGUUUUUCGAAAAAAUUGCACUUUUUGUUGAAGGACAUGGCCAUACUUUUAUUUGCAUUAAUGUUCAAUCAAGUCUUUCAGAACAGUUGGAUAUUCAAGAAUUUGAAUUUGGAUCUAUUCUUGGGGAGGGCUCAUCUAGUGUUGUCUAUAAAUGUAAAUGGAGAAACGAAAUUACUGCAGUUAAAUUAGUCAAUAAUAGAUACUCUAAAUCCCUUUCAAGAGAAAUAGAUUUAUUAAGGAAGAUAAAACACCAAAAUAUAGUUUCCUUUUUAGGUACGGUCACUAAUUUCAAAUAUUUAUGUAUUGUUACCGAGUAUGCAAAAUAUGGUAGUUUACAUAGUAUUUUACACAAAACUGCUAUUAAACUUUCUGUUAUUCAAAAACUCAAUAUUGCCAUCGAUAUUGCCAGGGGUUGCUCUUUUCUUCAUCAAUCUAAAAUUAUCCACAGAGAUUUAAAACCAGCCAAUAUAUUACUUUUUAAUAUCGAAGAUUCAGGUAUUUGUGCAAAGAUUUCAGAUUUUGGUUCAUCAAGAGAAAUUUCAUCAGAUGAUGCAACAAUGACAAAUCAUAUUGGAACAACUGUUUACAUGAGCAAUCAAGUUUUAGAAAAAAAGAAAUACAACUACCUCACAGAUAUCUAUUCCUAUGGUAUUUUAUUAUAUGAACUAAUGACCGAAGUUAUUCCAUACUCUGAAAUGAAUAUUUCAUGGAGUCUUCCAAGAUUUGUUAUUUCCGGUGGUCGUCCAUCUAAAGGUUUAGAAAAUGUAAAUGAAGAAAUCAUUCAAAUUAUUGUAUCUUGCUGGAGUGGUGAAGAAAAUGAAAGAUUACAAUUUAAUGAUAUUAUUUCAAAAUUAGAAAAUCUUUACAAUGGACUUUUAGAAAAGCGUUCAGGUAAUCAAAAAGAAAAGAACAAAGCCGAAACAGAUGAAAAAAAUUGUAUAAAAACAAAGGCCAACCUUCAAAUUCAAAAUCAAAUGGUUAAAAAUCGAAUUAUUGAAGAGAAAAUUGUUAAUGAACAAAGUUUCAAAUAUUCAAUAUCAGAAACAUCAAGCGACAAAGAUAGUGUUGAAAUGAAAGAUCUAUCAAGUGCUCCACUGCCAAUAGAAAUUAAAGUAGAACAGCCUACAGCAGAAGGUUCAUCAAGAAAUAGUAUUGAAAUGAAAGAAAUUAGAACCUCUUCUUCGUUAGAAAGAAAAAUAGAAAAUAAAUUGGAAAAACAAUUGAAUGAUGUAGAAUAUUUAUUUAAAAUCAGAAAGGCCGGUGGUCGUACAUUAGAAAGCCUUGACGAUGGUUUUAAUCUUUUCAUGGAUUUGGAUGAACAAGAGAAAAUAAAAAAAUUAAAUGAACAAUACAUAUUACAAAUUCAACAAAAAGAACAAGAAGUUGAAAAGGAGUCACAAGAAAAGGGGUCACAAGAAAAGGAGUCACAAGAAAAGGAGUCACAAGAAAAGGAGCCACAAGAAAAGCAGCCGCAAGAAGAACAGUCACAGGAAAAACAACAAGAAAUAAAAAUACUUGAAGAGAGAAUGGCCAAAGAAAGAGAAAAGAAAAGAGAUACUAUAAAAAACGUGGUUUUUGUAAGCAAUACUCAACUUAAAGAUGGUGAAAUAAAAGGAUUAAAUGAAAACACCUCAUUUAGAUUUGAAAGAACUCCAGCUAAAGAAGAAAAUUCAAGCGAAACAAAGAGUUAUUUAACUUUAUUCGACUAUUUAGUUAGUUUACCAAAAUUAGAUAUAUUUGGUUCGUUAAUCAAAAGAGUUAAAACCAAGUUUUCAAAUAAUCAAAAUCAAAAAGUAAACUGUCACAAGGAAGAAAAUGAUUUACGGGGAGGUGAAAACCAGGAAAUUUUCAGUGUUGAUUAUGUUAUCGAUCCAAAGAUUGGUCAUCUUUUAGAACAAUUAGCAGCCUCAAAAAAAAUAAAUUUACCAAUUCUGGAGGAUUUAUCUUUAACAAACAGUAAUUAUACCAAAAAUGAUAAUAUUCAAAUAGGUUACAUCCCCAAUAAAGAUCCAAUCACAAUUUUACCAGGUAUAAAAAGUUUCCAAAGCUAUAAAAGCAAAAACUCCAACUCUGCAGAUUUCAAAAAUAAAUUAAAACCAAUCUCAUUUGUUCCAAAUAGCCCUCCAGAAACCCAUCCACCAUUUUUUGCAAUUCCCACCAGAAGAAAAUAUGAUGAAUAUUUAAAAAACCAGUUAUAUCAUUUUAUUACAAAAAAUAAAACAACAGAUUGUAAUAUCGAAAUAUCUUAA